CUCACCAUGAACAUCUCAGAGCAGAUUUCGUUCUUCUUCAGCUGUAAUGUCAGCCCAAGUGAGACACCAAAGCUCGGCAUCAGCGUCACCCAAAGGGAGCCGCUGACAAUCGCCGUCCCCAUGACCAUCUUCUACAGCAUCGUCUUCUUGUUCGGAGUUUUAUUCAACGGUGUGAGCAUACUGACCCUCCUCAUGGAUGCUCAUAUGAGAGUCAGUGCCAUUCGUUUCUACCUGCUCAGCCUGGUUGUAUCAGAUAUCUUGCAGCUGUUGACCAUCCCAGUUACUUUGUAUCGAUAUUACUGGGAGAGCUAUCCAUGGCGUCUUGGCCAAACGGUGUGUAAGGUCUACUUCAUGGUCCGUCAAAUGUACUGCGCCACCACGAGCUGGGUCAUCGUGACAUUCACGACUGAGCGCUAUGCAGCGAUUUGCCACACAAUGUGGUCUGUCUCCAGUCUCAAGAAGUCCAGGCUUCCCUGCCUGCUCACUGUGUGGCUCGUGUCUCUGGUGUCAGCGGUGCCUUUUGCUCUGGUCUAUGACCAGGUGAGCGUCUGCAUCCUGGACUACACGGCGACUACACCAGAACACGCUUUCAAGGUCUCCACCAUGUGUGAAAUGACGGAGCCUGAUCCUGCUCACAUUUACAAAGGAGCCUUACUUCUGAGAGCUGGGUUCUUCUUCCUGGUCCCACUGGUCUCCAUCUUCACGCUUUACAUGCUCAUCCUACUUUACCUCAAGAGGAAUAGUCGUCAAAGGAGGAACAUGGGUCUUGUGAGACCAGAUGUGGAGGGAAGACGAGACAUCCAGUGCCAUAGAAAUGGAAAGCUACUUUUAAAUGAAAAGAGAGCUCUAAAACUCAUGGGUGCGGUGGUGGUGGCUUUCUUCGUGUUCAACUUUCCAGACAUUGCAUCUUCCCUGAUGCAGGUCUAUGUGGUCGUGUGGUCCGACACGGUCCUUUCUGUCUACACUGUUCUGAAAUCCUACUUGUCACUUCCACUGUGGUACAUCAACGGCGCUCUGGACCCGCUGCUGUUCUGUAUUUCUUCCAACACAUUUCGCAGGGCGUGCUGGAGAACUCUGCACAGGCUCAGACUUCACUGCUCCUGGAGGUUUUGUAGCUUGUCUUGGCUUAGGACUCACAGUUCUAGUGCGGACACUAGCACCACAGCCAAGGAGAAGAGCGAUGGUAAAUUCUAUAACUUCUACGGUGAAAAGAUGGAUAAAAAGAGAAAUACAACUGGCAACAUGCUCGGUUCUCCCAGUCAGAUAGGAGGAGAACCAGUUGUAGACAGAGUUGGAGAGGUCAAUGGUGGUGUGAAGACACUGCAGCAGGAUGUUGUGGUCAACGGUGUCAAAGGCGGCGGACAGAUCCAGGAGAAUGAGAAGGAAUGGGGAGCCGGCAUCAGCUGUCAUAAGCAGGAAGUUCCCCCCAAGGCUGAACAGUGUAAUGCUCAGAAACACUGUAAAAACCCCAAGAGCUACAUUCAAGACUCUACAGGUCCUCGUUAG